AGGCACGCAGCUGGAGCACACAAGAUGGCUUCCGGGAUUUGGCGGCGCCUUUGUCUCUCCCUGCCGCCGGAGCUCCAGGUCUUACCUUCACUGCUCUGUGUCCUCUGCUCCUAGAGGUCCAGCGUCAGUGGGCCUGUGACCUGCAGAAACUGGGAGAUCCACAGCUAAGACUCCAGGACCCCCUGGAAGCCUAGAAAUGGGACUGCUGACAUUUAGGGAUGUGGCCAUAGAAUUCUCUCUGGAAGAAUGGCAAUGCCUGGACACUGCACAGCGGAAUUUAUAUAAAAAUGUGAUUUUAGAGAACUACAGAAACCUGGUCUUCCUGGGUAUUGCUGUCUCUAAGCCAGACCUGAUCACCUGUCUGGAGCAAGAAAAAGAGCCUUUAACUAUGCAGAGACAUGAGAUGGUGGAUGAACCCCCAGUAAUGUGUUCUCAUUUUGCCCAAGAGUUUUGGCCAGAGCAGAACAUAAAAGAUUCUUUUGAAAAAGUGGCACUGAGAAGAUAUGAAAAAUGUGGAAAUGAUAAUCUUCAGUUAAAAGGCUGUAAAAAUGUGGAUGAAUGUAAGGUGUACAAAGGAGGUUAUAAUGGACUUAACCAAUGUUUAUCAACUACGCAGAGCAAAAUGUUUCAAUGUGAUAAAUAUGUGAAAGUCUUUAAUAAAUUUUCACAUUCAGAUAGACAUAAGAUAAAACAUGUGGAAAAUAAACCUUUCAAAUGUAAAGAAUGUGGCAAAUCAUUUUGUAUUCUUUCACACCUAACUCAACAUAAAAGAAAUUAUACCAAGGUGAAUUUCUGCAAAUGUGAAGAAUGUGAAAAAGCUUUUAACCAAUCUUCAAAGUUUACUAAACAUAAAAGAAUUUAUACUUGUGAGAAACUCUACAGAUGUCAGGAAUGUGACAAAACUUUUAACCAAUUCUCAAACCUUACUGAAUAUAAAAAAGAUUAUACUCGAGAGAAACCAUAUAAAUGUGAAGAAUGUGGCAAAGCCUUUAACCAGUCCUCACACCUUACUACACAUAAGAUAAUUCAUACAGGAGAGAAACCCUACAAAUGUGAAGAAUGUGGCAAAGCCUUUAACCAGUUCUCAAAUCUUACUACACAUAAAAAAAUUCAUACUGGAGAGCAACCCUAUAUAUGUGAAGAAUGUGGCAAGGCUUUUACCCAAUCCUCAACCCUUACUACACAUAAGAGAAUUCAUACUGGAGAGAAACCCUACAAAUGUGAAGAAUGUGGAAAAGCUUUUAACCGAUCCUCAAAACUUACUGAACAUAAAAACAUUCAUACUGGAGAGCAACCCUACAAAUGUGAAGAAUGUGGCAAAGCUUUUAACCGAUCCUCAAAUCUUACAGAACAUAGGAAAAUUCAUACUGAAGAGAAACCUUACAAAUGUAAAGAAUGUGGCAAAGCUUUUAAACACUCCUCAGCCCUUACUACACAUAAGAGAAUUCACACUGGAGAGAAGCCCUACAAAUGUGAAGAAUGUGGCAAAGCUUUUAACCGAUCCUCAAAACUUACUGAACAUAAGAAACUUCAUACUGGAAAGAAACCCUACAAAUGUGAAGAAUGUGGCAAAGCUUUUAUCCAAUCCUCAAAACUUACUGAACAUAAGAAAAUUCAUUCUGGAGAGAUACCCUACAAGUGUGAAGAAUGUGGCAAAGCUUUUAAACACUCCUCAUCCCUUACUACACAUAAGAGAAUUCAUACUGGGGAGAAACCCUACAAAUGUGAAGAAUGUGGCAAAGCUUUUAGCCGAUCCUCAAAACUUACUGAACAUAAGAUAAUUCAUACUGGAGAGAAACCCUAUAAAUGUGAGAGAUGUGACAAAGCUUUUAACCAAUCUGCAAACCUUAUUAAACAUAAAAAAAUUCAUACUGGAGAGAAACUCUACAAAACUGGAAGGUGUGACAAUGCUUUUGACAAUGCCUCAAACUUUUCUAAAUAUAAAGGAAAUCAUACUGGUGAAAAAUUCUAGAAAUGUAAAGAAUGUGUCAAAGACUUUAAACGGUUUUCACACUUCAUUGUAUGUAAGAUAAUUCAUACUGGAGAAAACUACAAGUGUGAAGAAUUUGGCAAUACUGUUAAUUAAGGCUCAAACCUUAUUGCACAGGAAAGCAUUUAUACUUAAGAAACAUUGUACAAAUAUAAAGAAUGUAAAGUAGCCAUUAAUAUCUGUUGACAUCAUAAUAUCAGAAUGUUGGUACUUAAUAAAAGCAUUAUAAAUGCAA